AGAGAGUACUAACGUGACCCUGUCGGCUCUUCUGCAAAAUAAGAGGACUCUCUCUUACUCAUUCAUUCACUCACUCAGUGUAGUCAUCACUCAUUUUGAGUACAAAACAAACCACCUGCACCUUGCAUCAAUAGAUUUUAUGGGGUUGGAUGGGUGGUAGGAAACACAAACCACUUUCUCAGUUGUUCUCAGAAUACCCAUCUAUCUCUUUCUUGGCCUCUUCUUAUCUCCCUCUCUCUCUCUCUCUUCCCUAUACUUUGUCAUAAUCUUAGUUUUAGCUCUAAUUAUCUGAAUACCCUCCUUCUUUAAUCAAAUGUCAGAACAAGCUUCUUACUUAUGCUUCCAAUGGUGGUGCAACUACAACAAUAUUUCUACCAUUUUUACAGUCUAAUUUCUGGGAGCUACUCCAUCAGUCCAUCUCUCUCUCUCAAGUCAUCCUCUCACCUCUUUGGAAAUAGGGUUGAAAUUAGUGAGAUGGGUUGGUGGGUUUAGCACCCAAAAUGUCAAAAUCAGAAUACAAAAAAGAAAAAAGAAAAAAGAAAAAAGAAUAAUCUUAGGUUAGUGAUUAUAUCUUUGAUUAAGUUUUCUCUUGGGUUAGAUUAGAGGUAGAGUAUGAAUUAGAGUUGAGAAAAUGACAAAAAGAUCCAUAGUUUGAGUUUGAGAGACAGAUCAUGCCAUGAUGAAGAUAGUUAAUGUAAUCACACUCUCCAUUAUUAUUUAUUUUUAUUAGAGAAAAUAAAAAGGAGGCUGAGAUCAAGGCCAGUAUAAUAGCUAUAGAUAUCAGAUUUAAUGGAGGUGAGAGGCCAAGAUAAGGUAAUAGGGAUGCCAACCACUCUGGGCUAUAAUCCCCCCAAUAGGGACUCUUCUUCUCCAGCCCUACCCUCAACUGCUAACAACACAAUCUUCAUCAACCCUCUUCAAACCCUAGACCCCCAUCCUUCUCCUCAUCAUCACCAGCCUCAUCAAUUGAAUCUAUCACCACACAAAUCAUCAAGAAGAGAUUCUGAGCAAAACCCAGAUCCAAUCUCAUCUCCAAUUGUUGUCACCCCAAGUGCAACAACAACAACAGCAACAUCAAUUCCCGGUGGAUCAAAUUUCAAAGCACCACCAGCUCAACCACCACCACCACCACAGAAAGUUAGAUAUAGGGAAUGCUUGAGAAACCACGCGGCCAGCAGCGGCGGCCACGUGCUCGAUGGCUGCGGAGAAUUCAUGCCAAGUGGAGAGGAAGACAUCCCAGAAGCACUAAAAUGUGCAGCUUGUGAGUGCCAUAGAAAUUUCCACAGAAAAGAGAUCGAAGGCGAUCAUUUGCCAAAUAAUUACUAUGUUGUUAACCACCAAAAACACACCAUUAGCCGUAGAGAUUCAGAAACUAGAGUAUUUCAACUCCCUCCACCCCCACUGCCUCCUGUUCAUCAUUCAGCUGUGGGGGGCCCAGUUCCCCCGAUGAUGAUGGCGUUUGGAGGCGGUGGUGGGGGCGGAGGGGGGGCUGAUGAGUCCUCGAGCGAGGAUCUCAACAUGAAUAAUUUGUUUCGGGCAACUUAUGCGGCAGGCCAGCAGGCAGCGCGGUCAAAGAAGCGGUUUAGGACGAAGUUCAGUCAGGAGCAGAAGGAGAAGAUGGUGGAGGUUGCUGAGAAGUUAGGGUGGAAGAUCCAGAGGCAUGAUGAGCAAGAGGUGCAGAAGUUGUGUUCUGAAGUGGGUAUAAAGAGGCAGGUGUUCAAGGUGUGGAUGCACAAUAAUAAACAAGCCAUGAAGAAGAAGCAAAUGUAAGCCAAACUUCAAUACAUUGAUUUGUGACUGGGAAAAGAGAUCAAUAUAAUCAGUGAAUAAUUAGAUCAGAUAAUUUGUAUGUGCACAUAAAUAUAUAUAUAGUCAAAUAUGUAGCUAGCUAGAGAGAUAGGAGAUAGCUAGAGAAAAUCAAGCACGCUCUCCUUUUUUUCUUUGUUUUUUUGCUUCUUAAUUUAACAUAAACCUAGCUAUUUGAUGCUCAUCUUCUUUCUCUGCGGUUUGUUUGUUUGGUUGCUUUCGAAAAAAAACAUAAAAUUGCAGAAAAAAACCAACAAUUUUUUCUUGUGCUUGAAUGUUUGGCAUCGAGCUCUAGCAUCGCAUGCACCUUUUCUUUUGAUUUCCAAUCACUAUGCUUGUGCUUUUUCACUAGGGUAAAAGAUGUAAAAGGAAGAAAAAGGAAAGCAAAAGAGGAAAUGAGAUGUCAGCUUUUUUGUCGUGGUGUUAUGUGAUUUUCUCAUAUUAUUGUUUCAUUUCAUGUA